AUGUCGCUGGCGCCGUCUCUCACUCGCCUUCACUCCUCUCUCCUCCCUUCUCCUCGCGUGAACCUCUCCUCGCUGUCCUCCAGAUCCGCAGCCGUAAGCGCCCGAAGGAGGAGCCAUGGACGGCGGGUCGGGACGGCGUAUCCUGCCGUCAGAGCCAUGGAUCUCGACCAGAACACGGUGGGACGAAAUUCCUCGAAUGCUUCCGUUGCGAGAUUUUCAGCAGAUUGAAGGGUUCUAAUGUAUGUGUCCCUUCUCUGUGCUCUUUCGUUCCAGAUCAUCGCCAUCUCCGUAGGGCUCGUCAGCGUCGGCGUCGGCAUUGGAAUUCCGAUCUUCUACGAGUCCCAGAUCGACAGCGCGGUGAGUUCCGAAAUUUGAGGAGGAUUUCGAGGGGUCAGGCAACUGUGACGCUGGAAUAACUAGGGUUUCUGCUUCUCCGGCGCAGGCGAAGCGGGAGAACACGCAGCCGUGCUUCCCGUGUAACGGGACAGGCCAACGUAAGCCUCGGAUCCUUCGCUCAGACGACUCCGCACUCUUCCUGUAUAAUGUGGUAGAACACCUGUAGACUGGUUGCCGGGAGAUCUCCCCCCUUGAAACCAACCUUCGGCUGCAGAAACCUAAACGAAAGAGUUGACGACCGUGCGAGCAGGAAUCUCGGCAAGGAGGCUCGAAAAUCAUCUGUUGGCUCGGGGAACCCAGAAUCUGAAUUUUUUUUUCCCCCCUUUAAAGGCAUUUGUCCAUCUUCUUGUCUGCAAGGUCGGGUAUCUAUCAUCUCAUCUGACGCAUUGGUUGCAUUAAAGCAUGAAUGCUUAUUUCUGUCGAUAAAUUGGGGCUAUGAAUUUCUCUUAUAUACUGUGAAAAUAGCAUAGCAUUACUCAACACAUUUAUCUAGGUAUGAACAUGUGGUAGUGUUUUAAUUGGAGUUUCUAACUAAAUUGGCGCCUGCUAAAAUGGGUCGAAUUCAUCAAUGAAGAUCAGAUGCCUUCACUAUUUUCUGAGAAAUAUUAAAUGAAGCUCUGGUACAGAACAAUGCAGGUUCUGUGCCGGAAAAGGCAGUGUAGCAGUGGCCCUCGGGGGAGGCGAAACGGAGGUCUCACAGUGCAUCAAUUGUGAUGGGGUAGGGUCAAUAACGUGCACCACAUGUCAAGGAACAGGCAUCCAACCCCGCUACAUGGACCGGAGGUAAGAGAGACAAAACUUCACCCCCUUUUGUUAUGAUUCUGGCCCGAGUUCUUUUGACCAAUCUGAACAGGAACAUGAAAAAUGCCUUUUUUUUUCGCAAAAAUUGAAUCCACCAUCAAGUGUGUGGACAUGAAUUUGGUUAAACAAGAAGUAGCUGUGAAGAUUUAAGCAUGUCCUUUCUUUCGUGGGUAUAAUCAGUAAGAAAAAAUAAAAAUAUGAUUUAUUAUAUGACCUUGUGAGCAGUAUCGAUGAUGUAAAGUCAAACCAAGUUCCAGAAGCUGGCUACACUUAUUUUCCAUAGGUCUCAUGGGGGCAUUCUCUAUUAUGCAGAGAAUUCAAAGAUGACGAUUGA